AUGAGACUUAGUGUUUUCCUUGUAGCGUUGCGACAUGCAUUUGUUGUCAAUGCCGCAUACACAUAUAUAGACCUAGGCACAGCAGGAAGCUUUGGAGCACUUUCCUAUGCGACAAUUACAAACACCGGGCCAACCUCAAUUUCUGGCGACGUGGGUACUCUUGGGACAUCUAUUACGGGAUUUCCACCUGGUGUCUUUACUGGAACAAAAUUCUUGGGUAGUCAAGCAGUGGCAGCUCGAAACGAUGCGUUGACUGCAUAUCAGACCCUCGGUGCACUGGGCGGCGCAACGAUUUUGGCUGGCAACUUAGGCAAUCGAGUCUUGGGCCCUGGAACUUACAGAUACGCGACUUCAGCCCAGAUUACUGGAAUCUUAACUCUUGCUGGGACAGGAUCUCCUACUGAUGCCUGGUAUUUUCAGAUCGGGUCGACGUUAAUUACCUCAGUCGGCGCGAAUGUCAUUCUUACAGGUGGUGCUAAGCCUUGUAAUGUAUGGUUUCGGGUGGGAUCUUCUGCCACUCUUGGAGUCGCGUCACAAAUAUCUGGAAACGUCCUUGCUGCUGUUUCCAUAACUGUGAAUUCAGGGGUCACUAUGAAUGGGGCGCUCUAUGCUCUCGGUGGCUCCAUCACCUUGAACAGUGCUCGGAUUGUCCCUCAACAAUGUGCUAAUGCUAUUCCGCCAUCUUCAACAUCAGCAGCCGUUCCUACUUCAUCCACACUGCCGACUUCCGCCGCUGACUCGACAGUCUCAGCUUCAUCCACACUAUCAACUUCAUCCACGUUGUCAAGUCCCUCCACGACAAGUACCAUAGUCUCUAGUAGCUUAGCCGCGAGCUCAACCUCUAGUUCGCUGAGCUUGAGUUCGACUACGACUUUGGUAUCAUCGAGCACAACAACUACAAGUGGGUCUUUUACGAGCACCACAACAAGCACUGGGGACACCACUUCCUCUUCUGUCCCAUCAAGCACGACAAGUUCAAGCGACAUAUCUACCAGUACCAGCGCAGGAUUCGUAACUUCGUCGCCUUCGAUCUCCUCUACCCAAAGUACCACAAGUCAAAUAUCUUCCAGCUCCACUACCAGCGUUGGAGACACUUCUUCAUCUACGCAAUCAUCUCUAUCAAGUAGCACUACGACAGUUUCUUCUAGCUCGUCUUUUUCAUCGAGCAGCUUCAUUACGGUUCCCUCAAGCUCAAGCACUAGCCUCGUGAGCUCAUCCACCACAUCCUCAGUCUCAACUUCACCAUCUUCACCUGCAGGCUGGGAGUACUCAGGGUGUUACACAGAAGCGACAUCAGCCCGCGCUUUAAGUGCUGCGUCUUUGGCUAGUGACCAACUCACAGUUGACCGUUGCGCUACAUUUUGUUCUUCAUUUCCAAUAUUUGGAGUUGAAUAUGGCCGAGAAUGUUAUUGUGGAAGCGCUCUUGCCGCUGGCAGUGUACGUGCCCCGGACACAGAUUGUAACUUCAAGUGUUCAGGCUCGAGCACUCAAACGUGUGGAGCUGGGAAUCGAUUAAACGUCUACAUGAAGCCAAGUUCCACGGUAACGACCUCUGCAUCGCCUACUUCUACAACGUCGCCUACUCUACCCACCUCGUACGGGACAUUGGGAUGCUACACAGAAGCAACCAACGGUCGCGCCCUUAAGGAGAAGUCUUUCAGUGACGAUGCUAUGACAACCCAAAAGUGUGCUGCGAAUUGCGCUGGCUUCAAAUACUUUGGGCUUGAAUAUUAUUUCGAAUGCUACUGCGGCAACAGUCUUCAGCCUGGCAGUGUCCAGGUUGCUUCGACCGACUGUAAAUUCCCAUGCACAGGAGACAAGACCCAAACCUGUGGUGCCAACAACCGAUUGAACCUUUACGCUUUUGGUGACAGCUCAUCUCUGCCAACUCCAGUCAGCUCUUCCACUACUUCCGCAACUCCAACGCCGACACCUUAUCCUGGAUACGCUACAACCGGCUGCUACACCGAAGCAACUAACAUGCGUGCCUUAUCUGGAGCAACCUACAUUAAUAACGGAAUGACAGUCGAAAUUUGUGCCUCGGCUUGUUCGGGAUUUGCGAUGUUCGGGGUUGAAUAUGGACGCGAGUGCUACUGCGGUGCCAGUCUUAACUCUGGAAGUGUUUCUGCACCAACUUCUGAGUGUAGUUUCGUCUGCCCAGGAAACAACAAUGAGUUCUGUGGGGCUGGCAACCGUUUGAACGUAUACCAAUUCGGUCCGGACCCGACUAUCGUGUAG